UAAUAACUGGAAACCAAACUCGACGCCCGACGCUAAGAAUAAAGAAACAAACCGGAGAGCUCCAAGCUCCAAUCCCUCUCUCGUCCUUCAUCUUCGCCAUUGCUUCAGUCUCUACGCCGCUGUUGGCUGGUGAAGCUAGUGCCACAAGAGCAAUGGUGCGUGAUACUCUAUCAUCUCCUCACCGACGAUCCCAGAACACUGUUUUCACGACCAUUUCCGGGAAGCAAUCAUCGAGCCGUGAUGAAUUUGGAAGCUGGUCAGCUCUCUUUGAGCGUCACCGGUUUCUACUGACUAUGUUAGUGGUCUUGGCAUUCCUAUGCACCAUCUAUCUCUACUUUGCUGUAACUUUGGGAAGUUCAGGCUCUUGUUCAGGUCUAUCAGCAUCUGAGAAGGCAUUGUGCCUGGCAAAAUCUUUGAACAAGGGUAAAUUGAAAUUCUUAUGACUGGAGAUGCAUGCUCCAUGUGAAAUCUAGUUUGGAGGUGUUCUUGUAUUCAAAGUUGUGAUUUUUAAUUGAGAGUGUGCCAUUGUUCUUAGCUUAUAUGGACUUAUAUUGACCUUUUGAAGCAUAUUGAUCAAUCAAUUAAGUUUUGGAAGUCUCA